AUGGCGCCUCAACCACAGUCUCCCCCUCCAGUUCCUCCUCCAGUCCCCGUCGAAACUCACCCGAAUAGGGCUGGAGGACUAAAGCCUCCUCUACCACAGCGUGUCCCCCCCGAUCCAACACGUCUUGCUCCGGAGCAUGCCUACGCUCACCCACAAACACGCUUAUGGCAAGAUGGCUCUUCUCACCUAAGGCCGAUUGACGGAAUUGUCGCCACACCUGCAUCUGUUGCCGCCCUUCGACCCCCUCCUGCAGUACCGGGCACCGAGUCUAGGAAGAACGAAUUUCGCAAGUCCCGGGAUGGGCGACGGAAGAAACGUAAGGGCGUUUGGAAGAAGUUACUUUGGGUUCGCCAGUCAUAUCCGGACAACUACACGGACGUCGAGACCUUCCUCGAUCAUUUACAAAGAAACCCACGCCUCCGACCAUAUGAUUUCUGGCCUCUGGUCGCGGAUUCUACGGUCAUUGUUCAGCACGUUUGCUCCGUGGUAAUAUUCGUAUGCUGUUUCGUCGGAAUUUUUCAGAGCAGGAUUAGCCCUGUAUCGGUUGUUGGCAGCGGAAGUAUAGGCACGCUAUUAGGCUGGGUUCUGUGGGAUACCUGGGUCUGGAAAGAGCAAAAUGAAGCGAUAAAAGCCGCGCAGUUUGCAGAUUCUGGAGAGGUUGAUGAUGGAUCGAGUGCGAGCUCCACAGCUUCCCAGACGCCCGCCGCGGGCCCUCAGACGAACGAUCAUGCAGGAGGCAACGUGCAUGGCUUGGGUCUAGAUCUUCCCCGUUCAGAUUCGGAGGUUCAUUUGCGACGCAGAAGUACUGGCAUGAGUGUUGCGUCUUUCCAGUCUAUGACACCAGGCUCGUCUUCAGUGCUAGGACAGCCAUCCUUUUAUGCAUACGAUGAUAAUAAAUCAUUAUCUCCGCGCAACCGACAACGUCUCGCAACCAUCAAAUCCGCCCUACUCAUUUACUGUGCCCUGCUUGGGCUAAGUCCCAUUCUAAAAUCACUUACAAAGUCUACCGCCAGUGACUCCAUCUGGGCACUGAGCUGCUGGCUCAUGAUUAUAAAUAUAUUCUCCUUCGACUAUAGUAGCAGCGAAGGACAGGUCGACGCUACGAAAUUCCCUGCCUCAUUAUCGACCAACGCUGCAUUAAUGGCAUCGACGGUGUUGGCAUCGCGUCUCCCUUCGACUACGCACGUGUUCAGCCUAACACUAUUCUCAAUAGAAGUAUUCGGCUUGUUCCCCGUCUUCCGCAGACAACUGCGUCAUGUCUCAUGGACGGGCCAUGUUUUAUUAACGUUCGCACUUGUUCUUACAGCCGGCGCAGGCGUCGGCAUCGCUUUGCGCGGCGGUUGGGCUGCUGCGAUUGUUGGUGCAAUUCUUAGCACUAUCCUCACAGCAUUGGCGAUGGGUUCAUGUAGCUGGUGGCUUAUCAGUUUACAGAAAUACAAAAAUGUUGUAAUUGGGCCGUGGGAUCCUGCCAGGCCGAUUAUACGGAGGAAUUGGGAUUGA